AUGGAGGCUGGCUCAGUGGUUCGAGCCAUCUUUGACUUCUGCCCUAGUGUAUCCGAAGAACUACCGCUCUUCGUGGGAGAUGUCAUUGAAGUGUUGGCAGUGGUGGAUGAAUUUUGGCUUCUAGGAAGGAAAGAGGAUGUUACAGGGCAGUUCCCCAGCAGUUUUGUGGAAACUGUGACCAUUCCCAGUCUAAAAGCAGGAGAGAGGCUGUUUGUCUGUGUCUGUGAAUUUACAUCCCAAGAAUUGAACAGUCUUCCCCUCCAUCGAGGUGACCUGGUGAUUCUCGAUGGUGCCCCCACGGCCCCCUGGCUGCAGGGCCGAAGCUGCUGGGGUGCCCGGGGCUUCUUCCCGUCAUCGUGUGUUCGGGAGCUCUGCCUCUCCUCACAGAGCCGGUGCUGGUGCCCACAGAGCGCCUUGCUCCAGAUUCCUGAGUACUCAAUGGGACAAGCACGGGCGCUGAUGGGGCUUUCGGCCCAGCUGGACGAGGAGCUGGACUUCAGAGAAGGGGAUGUGAUUACCAUUAUUGGAGUUCCUGAACCAGGCUGGUUUGAAGGGGAAUUAGAGGGUCGAAGAGGCAUUUUUCCAGAAGGUUUUGUAGAGCUUUUGGGGCCCCUGAGGACUGUGGAUGAGUUGGUAAGUUCUGGAAAUCACGAUGACUGCGUUAUUAAUGGUGAAGAAGAGACCCCGACAGGAGAGGAUGAGAGGGGCCCAGAAGACGAUGAGGAGCAGCUGGGGACUUACGGAAUUGCCCUCUACAGGUUCCAGGCCCUGGAGCCGAAUGAGCUGGAUUUUGAGGUCGGUGAUAAAAUCCGAAUUCUGGGAACGCUGGAAGACGGGUGGCUAGAAGGAUCACUGAAGGGCAGGACAGGCAUCUUUCCUUACCGAUUUAUAAAGCUGUUUUCUAAAACAAGAGCAGAGGAGGCCAUGGAUCCUCCACAGGAAAGCAGCCCUACCGAGAUCCCUGCCCCUUCUUUGGGUUGUUCAGAGAACUCCUUGGUGGUGGAGGGAAGAAGACCCGAAUCUCCUGAGUAUAAAGCAGAGAAGUCCAACUGUGUUAUUUCUGAGACAUCUGCUUCUCCCCCAGAGCAUCUGACUUCUGAGUAUGAAGUAAACAAAAACUCUCAUCAGGAUGAAGACACCUCAGGGGGUGCCCCAAGAAGCCCAGGCUUGGGGCACAAACAGUCUCUUGCCAAAGACUCUUCUGCAGAGGAUCCUUCAGAGAUAAUCAAUGGGGUUUCCUCCCAACCUCAGGUACCUUUUCCUCCCAGAUUGCAGAAACACCAGUAUUACUCUACAGCAGGAGGGGGCCACCAAAGCUCAGAGCAGUACGCUGACCCUCUUCCCUUCGAAGCAAGGACUAAAGACGACUCCAGCCUACCUCCCAGAGGAAUGUCCUCCCCACCAAAAACCCUUCAGAAGCCAGUGCCGCCUCCUCACAUUGGCUCCUGUCUUUUGGGCCCUCGGGUAGUCACACCCAGCCAGUUGAGCUCUCCGCUCCAGGGCAUGGCAAGAUGUGCUAAAAAGCACCACGCGCCCAAAGAAAAUGCCUCCAGCUUUUGUUCUGCACCAGAGAGAUCAGACAUGAAGCUUGGUCUGCAAGACAAGGUGUUUACAGCUGAAGCCAUGGCACUUUUACAUGGAGAGGGCAACACUGACCUGGAUUCGAAGUUGACACAACAGCUGAUAGAGUUUGAAAAGAGCUUGUCAGGGCCUGGCCUAGAACAAGAUAAAAUUUUGCGCCACUUUUCAAUCAUGGACUUUAACUCGGAGAAGGACAUUGUCCGAGGUUCCUCAAAGCUAACCAGCCAGCAGGAGCUGCCCGAGAGGAGGAAAGCCCUAAGGCCCCCGCCCCCGCGUCCCCGUACUCCAGCGUCCGCUUCUCCCCACGUGCUUCUUGACCAGAACCUGAAACCUGAACCGCCCUUGGCGAUGCGACCCUCUCGCCCCGCUCCCCUGCCUCCCUCGGCACAGCAUCGAGGGACUCCAGUAUCCCCCAGGCUCCUAACCUGUACCCGUCCGAGCUGUGAGACGCCGGAGAAGGAGGGCCCUGAGAGUGUGGACCAGACUGUGGACCAGACUUCCCAGUGUCCCUUAGUAUUGGUGAGGGUUCAGGAAAUGGAACAGGACUUGGAUGUGGGUAGCAGGGCUCAAGAAGAGCUAAACUUAGCGCUGGAGGAGAAGCAAGACGAAUCAUUAAGGGAAGAGACCCUUGAGGAUCUUGAGUUCUAUGAGAGCAACAUUGAAAGUUUGAAUAUGGAACUCCAGCAACUCAGAGAAAUGACGCUGCUUUCCUCCCAGUCUUCAUCACCAGUGGUCCCUCCUGGGUCGGUGUACACUGAAAACCCAGAGCAGAGGAUGCUGGAGAAGAGAGCCAAGGUGAUAGAAGAGCUCCUCCAGACGGAAAGAGACUACGUUCGGGAUCUGGAAAUGUGCAUCGAGCACAUCAUGGUGCCCCUGCAGCAGGCACAGAUACCAAACAUCGACUUUGAAGGACUUUUUGGAAAUAUGCAGAUGGUGAUUAAGGUCUCAAAGCAGUUAUUGGCUGAUCUGGAAAUCAGCGAUGCUGUAGGGCCUGUGUUUCUUGAUCACCGGGACGAGCUUGAGGGAACAUACAAGGUUUACUGCCAGAAUCACGAUGAGGCCAUUUCACUGCUGGAAAUCUACGAGAAGGAUGAGAAGAUCCAGAAGCAUCUUCAGGACUCCUUGGCAGAUCUCAAGAGCCUGUACACAGAAUGGGGAUGCACAAAUUACAUUAACCUGGGCUCCUUCCUCAUCAAACCGGUCCAGAGGGUAAUGCGCUACCCACUGCUACUCAUGGAGUUGCUGAAUUCCACCCCAGAAUCCCACCCCGAUAAAGCGCCCUUAACCAAUGCAGUCCUUGCAGUCAAGGAGAUCAACGUGAACAUUAAUGAAUAUAAACGUCGAAAGGACCUGGUCCUCAAGUACCGAAAGGGUGAUGAAGACAGCCUCAUGGAGAAAAUUUCCAAACUGAACAUCCAUUCCAUCAUCAAGAAAUCCAACCGCGUUAGCAGUCACCUGAAGCACCUCACUGGCUUUGCUCCACAGAUCAAAGAUGAAGCAUUUGAAGAAACAGAAAAGAACUUCCGAAUGCAAGAAAGAUUGAUCAAAUCUUUUAUCCGGGACCUGUCUCUCUACCUUCAGCAUAUCCGGGAAUCGGCGUGUGUGAAAGUGGUGGCUGCCGUGAGCAUGUGGGAUGUGUGCAUGGAGAAGGGACACAGAGACUUGGAGCAGUUCGAGAAGGUGCAUCGCUACAUCAGCGACCAGCUCUUCACACACUUCAAGGAAAGGACAGAGCGGCUUGUCAUCUCCCCCCUCAAUCAGCUGCUAAGCAUGUUCACGGGGCCCCACAAGCUGGUGCAGAAACGCUUCGAUAAACUUCUGGACUUCUACAACUGCACGGAACGGGCAGAGAAGCUAAAGGACAAGAAGACUCUGGAGGAGCUGCAGUCGGCCCGGAACAACUACGAGGCCCUGAACGCGCAGCUGCUGGACGAGCUGCCCAAGUUCCAGCAGUUCGCCCAGGGGCUCUUCACCAACUGCGUCCACGGCUACGCCGAGGCCCACUGCGACUUCGUGCGCCGGGCGCUGGAGCAGCUGAAGCCGCUGCUGUCGUCACUUAAAGUCGCCGGCAAAGAGGGGAACCUUACCGCCGUCUUCCAUGAGGAGCACAGCAGGGUCCUGCAGCAGCUCCAGGUUUUCACCUUCUUCCCAGAGUCGCUUCCGGCUGCCAGGAAGCCAUUUGAGAGGAAGACCACGGACCGUCCGGCCGCCCGGAAGCCGCUGCUGGGGCUGCCAAGUUACAUGCUACAGUCGGAAGAACUCCGGGCCUCCCUUCUGGCAAGGUAUCCCCCUGAAAAACUCUUCCAAGCAGAACGGAACUUCAAUGCCGCUCAAGACUUAGAUGUCUCACUUCUGGAAGGUGACCUGGUGGGCGUAAUCAAAAAAAAGGACCCCAUGGGCAGUCAGAACCGCUGGCUGAUUGACAAUGGAGUCAGCACAGGCUUUGUGUACAGCUCCUUCCUGAAGCCCUACAAUGCCCGCCGCAGCCAGUCUGACGCCUCCGUUGGCAGCCACUCCUCCACCGAGUCAGAGCCUGGCGGCUCCUCUCCCAGGUUCCCACGGCAGAACUGCAGCAGCACCUUGACCUUCAAUCCCAGCAGCAUGGCUGUGUCCUUCACCUCAGGGUCUUGCCAGAAACAGCCUCAAGAUGCCACUUCAUUGAAGGAACCGGACCAAGAAACUGCCAGUGCAUCCUUAAACUUGGGUUGUUCGGAGAGCAGUCCUUCCAGAUGCCCCACAGACCCAGACUCCAGCUCCCAGCCCAGGUUGUGGGACUUUCCGGAGGCAGGCAGAGACAUUCACCAGCCCGGCCCUGCCCUCAGGAGCUCCAGAAACUCCAGGCAUCUAGAAACCGUUGGUCACUCCCUACCAGGGCGAAACGGGCAGGGAAAAGACCUCAUGAAAGGCUGCACGAGAACAACCCAAUGUCUGGAAGACAAAAAUGAAGAACCAGAAAGCAGGGAGGCAGAAGGCAACCAGGUCUAUUUUGCUGUCUAUACCUUCAAGGCACGGAACCCAAAUGAGCUGAGUGUGUCAGCCAAUCAGAGACUCAAGAUCCUCGAGUUUAAAGAUGUUACGGGAAAUACAGAGUGGUGGUUAGCUGAAGUUAAUGGGAAGAAGGGCUAUGUUCCAUCCAAUUAUAUCCGCAAAACUGAAUAUACCUGAGCCUGUUCCCCCUCCCAUUUAACCUUGCUGCCUUCACUUCCUUCUCCUGAAGGGUUCUGGUGGCCCCACGAGAGGGCACCUGCUCCUGGGACACCGGCCCCGUCUGCAUUGUUUAACCACGGCACGGCACAGGGCACAAGAUGAGUCUUGUUUCCUGCCAUUGGAUUGUCAACUUUGAUGCUCACUAGACUUUCUAGAAUUUGAAAUGGACCCCGGG